CCCUGCGUCACUUCCUUCUAUUUCCCGCGCUGGUGUUUGAUCGAGCUGUCAUUGUGCUGCAGUAGUUUAUUUACUAAACAAUGUCGAACUCCGGCUUUGACUCUGCGUGUUUACCGGAUUUACUGCCGCUUUAUUACCGCAGGCUGUUUCCAUAUGCACAGUAUUACCGGUGGCUGAGUUACGGUGGCGUGUCCAAGAACUACUUCCAGAAUCGCGAGUUCUCGUUCACACUCAAAGAUGACAUCUAUGUUCGGUAUCAAUCGUUCAGCACCCAGAGUGAUCUGGAGAAGGAGAUGCAGAAAAUGAAUCCACAUAAGAUUGACAUUGGUGCAGUUUACAGCCACAGGCCCAGUCAACACAAUACAGUGAAGUCUGGAACCUUCCAGGCUCUGGAGAAGGAGCUGGUUUUUGAUAUUGACAUGACAGACUAUGAUGAUGUCAGAAGCUGCUGCAGUGCUGCAGAUAUUUGCUGUAAGUGCUGGACUCUGAUGACCAUUGCCAUUCGUAUUCUGGACCGGGCACUGAGAGAGGACUUUGGCUUCCAGCACCUCCUGUGGGUUUACUCGGGCAGGAGAGGAGUGCAUUGCUGGGUUUGUGACGAAGCCGCCAGGAAGCUGUCAGUGGCGGCUCGUUCGGCUGUGGCCGAGUACCUCAGCUUAGUAAAGGGUGGGGAGGAGACGGUGAAGAAAGUAGUGCUGUCAGACCCCAUUCACCCAUUCAUCAGCCAGUCUCUUGUUGUCGUGGAGCACUACUUCCCCCAGUACGCAAUCGAUGGACAGGACCUGAUGGGCAGCAAAGCAAGUGUUGACAAAGUGCUCAGCUUGUUACCUGAAGAUAUCAGAAAGGAGCUAUUAAACACUUAUGAGACUGAGAAGAAUCCGAUGAAGCGCUGGGACCACCUACAAUCCGUAGUGCAUCAGAAAAGGACUAUCAGUAAGAAGGGGCCGCAGCACAUCGAUAAGGAGAUCAUGCUGCAGUACUGUUACCCACGCUUGGAUGUUAAUGUCAGUAAAGGAGUCAACCAUUUACUGAAAAGUCCAUUUAGUGUUCAUCCUAAAACAGGUAGGAUUUCUGUACCAAUUGACUUGAAAAAUCUGGACAAAUUUGACCCGUUUGAGGUUCCUACAAUCAGCCUUAUUUGUGAAGAGCUGGACAAACCUCUAACUGCUGACGAGGAGGAGGAAAUGAAAGAUAAAGAAAAUGAAACAGAACCUGGUGAACGGCGCAAAAUCCGAGAUUACAAGCACACUAGUCUGGCUAAGUAUGUGAAGCUGUUCGAUCAGUUUCUGGACAUUAUGGCUCGGUGUAGAAAAGGAGAGAUGUUGAAGAAAAGCGAUGUUCAGAAGGAGUUUUAAUGACUCGGUAAUGGCACAAAACAAACGUCGGUGCUCAACUAAGGGAUCAGAACUGACUGCAUUACUGGAUUGGUUUUUUACAACAGAAAAUAAAUUGAACCAGUUUGUUAGAAAGAACAUUCGGAUGUUUUUUAUAUUCUUGAAUGUUUGACCUAACUGUAGUGUUCUGAAAACAGAAGGGCACCUUUUUAUAUUUAAAAUUUGAUCCCUGAAAAGAUUUUGUACUGUAGAUAACUGGUCUGAUCUGUUGUAAUGUCUUUAAUGUUUCACCAAGAACUAAUAAAACGUAUUGUAUAUAAUUUGCUAGCA